AUGAAUAAAGAAGUGUGUAAGAGGUUCAAGAAUGUAAGGGAAUGGUUUCCUGUUGAAAUGGACAGUACUGGUUACUAUCAAUUUAAAAAUGCUGAAGAUUUCCAAAAGUAUUGUACUAAUGAAUGUAAUAGUGAUCUCGAUAAAAUUAGUGCUGGAUGUUUAUAUUUGCUUAAUGAAUUCUUUCGUGAUUCUUCUGUGUUUGAGCUGGUUGCAAAAGAAAACUUCUAUAUUGUUCAAUACAUUUUGAUAUGGUUAAGUUAUAUAUUAAACCUUAUCAAAACUCAAGAAAACGUCAAUAUAGACUCUUUUUAUAAUACAUAUAUAAGGGAUGGUGGUAAGUAUACUAAUAAUAUAAAAUAUAUUGGUCGUUAUAAAGGUUAUAAGGAUCUUAUAGAUGAAAAUAAUUAUUUUUUAAGUAUGGAUAUGAGCAUUAUACCUAAAUUAUAUGAUGCAUUUAAUACAUUAUGUGACAUAUAUAAUGAGCUUGAUGCAAAUAACUCAAAUUGCAUGAAAUUUUUGGAAAAAGCUAGUAAAUUUAUUGAAGAAUAUGAAAAAUUUAUCAAAGAUCAUGAAAUUGCUGAAGAUAAACCCUAUUUAUAUGCAUUGAUUACUUUAUUAGAUGGCUAUGAUAAAUUAAAAAAAGAAUGUAAACAUUUCCCAUCCACUCCAGAUAUAACAAAAAUAAUUUCUGGAGAUGUUUCUGAAGUUACAUCAAGUUCAUCGAUAGCAAGCAAAUUAAUUCCAAUUUUAUCGAUAUUAGUUGCAAUAGCAAUUUUUUUAGGAAUUUCUUAUAAGUAUUCGUUAUUUGGAUUUCGGAAACGAUUUCAAAAACAAAAAUUAAGAGAAAAGCUAAAAAAUAUAAAGAAGAAAAUGAACCAAUAA